UCUUUAUAAGAGAACCAAGAAAGGCUCGUCUCCCUGCCUCUCUCUUUCCCCCUCUCCACUUCCAAGUCCAAACGGUGGGACUGCUCCGGCCGUCCCCAUUCCCCUUUUCCUAUCCUCUUUUGUCCCUUCCUCUCCCCUCUCCCCUCUCCCCUCUUAUUCCUCCGAUCUUUUUCACGCGUAACCGUGGAAUUCCUCGAGGUCGCUCACGUCUUCGGCCUCCGCUUCUUGAACCAGAGCUCGGAGCAGGGCUCGUCUCGCGGCCUUGGAGCUCUUCGGAGGGGGACUGUUAUGAUGCUGACUGAAGUCACAUAAUGGCCAGUUGAAUUUUUUUUGUGGUUUUUUGUAGUGAAAUGGCAAAUAGAAGGCCCUGUAAAAGGGCUCUUGUAGAAUUCUUGGAUGGACAUGAUGAUGAUGAUGCUGAAAAAGUGUAUAGGUUUCAGAUUCUGUUGCCUAAUGGCACAAGUACGCGCAUAGCACUUCAUGAUCCAGCAGAAGAUAUGCUUAUUGAUGAGUUUAUAUACCAUAUAAGAAAGGAAGUGGAAUAUUCUGCUAAAGCAGCACAUGGUGAAAGGCAGAGGAUUCUGUGGAAUGAAGACAUAUAUCUUGAAGAUAUGCAUGAUAACAAGAUCAAAAAGAAAAUAUGUUUCAGACAUUUUAAAACCAAUAAAUGUCACAUAUUAAGGCUUCAUGAUGGUGCGGGGCGAUCUGUUAAUACUUUUCAAAACAUGUGGGAUUUGACACCAGAUACAGACCUUCUGGCAGAACUUCCAGCAGAGUAUACAUUUGAAACUGCUCUUGCUGACUUGAUCGAUAAUUCAUUGCAGGCUGUGUGGUCUAAUGGUUCAGGUGAAAGGAGGCUUCUUAGUGUAAUGAUCAAUGAACAGAAGAUUGUAAUUUUUGAUAGUGGCCCUGGAAUGGAUGGUAGUGAGGAGAACUCUAUAUCAAAGUGGGGAAGGAUGGGUUCAUCCAAUCACAGGCCGUCUAGGCAAAUGGCUAUUGGUGGGAAAGCCCCAUAUUUGAUGCCUUUUUUUGGGAUGUUUGGUUAUGGUGGGCCAAUUGCUUCAAUGCAUUUGGGAAGGCACGCUGUGGUUUCUUCAAAGACCAAAGAGUCAAAGAAAGUGUAUACUCUUCACCUUUCAAGAGAUGCUUUGUUAAACAAAUCGACUCGUAAAUGCGUUUGGAGGACCGAUGGCGGUAUCAGGGAUCCCUUGGAAGAGGAAAUCCAAAUAUCACCUCAUGGAAGCUUUACUCAGGUUGAAAUCCAGGAUCUAAAGAUGAGGUUCUCAGAGACAUUUAAACUUCAAUGUUUCCUGAAGGAUGUCUACUUUCCAUACAUCCAGUGUGAUGAAGAGCACGCCUCAAAAAAAACAAGCAUGCCUGUUGAGUUCCAGGUGAAUGACAUUGAUUUAGCUGAAGUUCAAGGAGGGGAGGUUGCAGUCACUAAUCUGCAUUCAUGUCAUGGUCCUGAUUUUGUUUUACGAUUGCAUUUUGUGCUUAAUCAAGAAAACAUAACAUCCAAGAGCCCGGGGUCGGUUGUUUGUCGAGAAGCCAAUGCGCGGUUGAAAUGUGUUUACUUUCCAAUUGUUGAGGGAAAAGAAAGCAUUGAAAGAAUUCUUGAAAAGCUUGAGGAAGAUGGAUAUGGGAUAAAAGAAAACUUUGAAAACUUUUGUCGUGUGUCUAUACGUAGACUUGGUCGUCUUCUUCCUGAUGCUAGAUGGCAACCGCUUCCUUUAAUGGAAGCUAAACAAAGAAGGGGAGAUAAAGCACAGCUGUUGAAGAGAUGCUGCAGGAGGGUCAAAUGCUUUGUUGAGACUGAUGCUGGUUUUUCUCCAACACCUUCUAAGACUGACUUGGCUCAUCACGACCCCUUAACUCUGGCAUUGAGGAAUUUUGGUUAUAAGUCUUCUGGAAAAGAAUCAGAGGUAAUUAUUGAAAUGCAAAAAGAUGGAAAACCAUUGAAUUUGUCACAACUGGAGAAGGAGUAUCAAGAUUGGAUAAUACAGAUGCAUGAUAGAUAUGAUGAAGAAUUGGAUGGUGGUGAGGAUGAGCCUGUUCUUGUGAUUAAUCCUUCCAAUAAAAAAAAACUUGGCAUAACAGCUGAUGUUGUAAGAGUGCAUCAAGCUAUAAGAAGAAAGGGGUUAUCAUGGAAAUCGGGCCAGAAGGUUAAAAUUCUUAAAGGAGCAAUUGGAUGUACAAAAAACAAUCUCUAUGCAACAUUAGAGUAUGUCUUGGUUGAAGGAUUUCAAGGAGAUGUGGGUGGGGAAGCACGCCUGAUUUGCAGGUCUGUUUUUCUCUUAUUUUUAAUGUUGUUUUGGAACUAUGGUUUUUCAAGAUAUUCUGUGUGUUUUCUUAAAAAAUUUGUUGUCAAUUUCUGUAGGCCGUUGGGAUUCUCAGAAGAACUAGGAUGCUCUCUUGUUUUCGCUGAUGGAAAUGCAAGUUUAGACGUACAUAAUUCUCUAUCCUUUCCUAUAAGUGUAAUAGAUUCUGGGAAGUUUCAAGCCAUUGAUCUUACUUCAUGGAAUUGCCAACUAGCAAAGAAGGAGGAGAAGGUUCCUUCUGCAAUUGAUGUAUUGACUGGUAAUGAAUGUUGCCUGCUUCAGAUUGAUGGGGAACUACCUAUUGAAGCUCCAGUAAUUGCUGGUUAUGUUCCUCCUGCUGAAAUCGUAGCAGUUAUUAGACCAGCAAGUUUUAUUCAUUCUAGUUCCCCUAAUAGCUUAGAUCAGAAAUAUAUUUUGAAGGAUGAACUGGAGAUGUCCAUGGAAGUUAGUCAUAUGCAUGAAAAUAAAGGUUCUCACAAUGUCGAAUUUGUUUAUGCUGAACGUGUGAAACCUUCCUCGCGCAAUGGGGUUCAUGGAUUAUAUAUAUAUUCUCUGCGGCAAAGAUAUCCUGAGCUCUUCUGUAAAGCUGGUGUCUAUAUAUUUUUGUUCUCAGUUGUUUGUAAGGAUUCAAGCUGCAAACGAAAAGAAGUAAAGGUGACUGUUAAGCCUGAUUUAAGGGUACAAAAGUGGAGAGUUAUGCAGGAUGACCACAGUCCUCUUGCUGUUAAUUCAUCUCUUGUCAUUCGGGUUGGUUCUUAUAUUUCAUACCUUUCCAUUGCUUGUUUUGAUCUAUACUCAAAUCAAAUUCCAUUCUCAAGUCUUCCUGAAGCUGUAGUUAAAAUAUAUGCAAAUAAGCUCGAACUUGUCCAUGUUGACAAAAUGAAGAUGGCGCUAUCAUCUAAUCAGUUGUUACUGGAAAUCACAGAUAUGCUGAUCGAAUGCCAUAAUUUGGAUAUGAUUCGACCUAGUAAUGAAGCUAUGUUGGAGGUAUCUUCCCAAGUUGGAGUUCUGUCUGCUCUAGUUGCUUGCAAAGUCAUGCCGGGUCCUCUAUCCUCUGUUAAGAUGCAAAGUACUCCUGGAUUGGAAAAAAAUUUAGCUCCUGGCAAAGUUAUUGACAAGCUUGUGUUGGAGAUGUUCGAUGCUUAUGGUAAUCAUAUUGAAGCAGGAGUAGAAGUUUCCAUCCAUCUUGAUGGACUUUGUUUUCAAGACCACAUGGGUUCAAUUCGGAAGGUGAACAGUGAUGGUUGUGUGACCCUUUGUGGCCUAUUGAAAGUUGUUGCUGGCUAUGGCUCAAAGGUAUGUCUUUCUGUUUUUGUUGAUGACAAAUUGGUUGUUGAGAAUAUACUCCAAGUAGCAAAGAGGGAGUUGAGAGCAGUGUCAGGGGUACCUGGCUACUGUACAGCAGGUUCCCAUUUGGAGAAUGUUGUCUUUGAAAUUUUCGAUUCUGAUGGUGUAGUUGAUGAAGCCAUACAUGGUCAACAUCACACACUUACAAUAAAAUCAGAACCACUGAAAUUGGAUGGCACAAUUCAGUACACUUUCCAGCAUGGCCGGUGCAUUGUGCCUGUUAUUCCAGUCCCUCAAGAAUCAGGGACAUUCCGCAUUAUGGCUUUUCAUACACAUUUCCCUGAUCUGCGAAUCAGCAUUGAGAUUUGUGUUGGGCUAGCUCCUAAAUUAGAGUUGGUCACUGUGACGGAUCUGGGUGCUAGCAUUUAUCAAUCUCAGUUUUCGGAUGAUAGGAUCCCACUAUUACUGGAAUCAUCACAAUGCCACUCCAGUCAGAUGAUCCCUAGUCCGACAAGCCUCUAUGUCACGUCGAUAAUUGAUGAUGCCAAGAAACUUGAUGAUGCUAUGGCUGAAUUGGGGCUGCGGAUAAGAGAACAUGAGGGCAAAAUAAAAAUGCUCGAUGAUCAAAAGACGCAGAUUGGAAAAGAAAUUUAUGAUCUGAAAGUUCUGAUGGGACCUCAGCACUUGAGCCAAAUCAACUUAUUGAUUAAUGCCAAAGAAAAAAUCACGAAACAAAUUGAAGGGAAAAGUGAUACUGCUGCUGCUGUUUUCUGCAAUCUCCGUAAGGCCAUUCAAAUUCUAGAACCUCAAGAACACUUUAUGGAAGAUGUUGUUGGCCUUGCUUCCCUUCUUGGAACAGUUAGCGACAGUAAACUCAGUAGGAUAUUUGCUGAGUAUUUGGGUGAAAAUUACAUGCUUGCAAUUGUCUGCAAGUCAUAUGAAGCUGCAACUGCUUUGGAAAGGUAUGGUGCGGAUGGAAAAAUUAAUCGCCAUUCUGCUCUUCAUGAAGCAGCAGCUACACUUGGAAUCACAAUAAAUAGGCGAUUCCCUGUGAUUUGCCUUGAAGAGAUAAGUCCAUACAAAGGUGAAAUCAUAAAUAAUGAUCCUCAAAGGUGGCUUGCAUUGCCUGAUCCACUUUUACAAUCGGGUGAGACCCCUGCUGGAUUUAAAGGAUAUGCAGUCAAUAUGAUCAACCUUGACAUCGAUCACCUGAAUACAAGAACAGCUGCUGGUUAUGGUCUUCGGGAGACCUUAUUUUAUCGGUUAUUUGGAAAGCUGCAGGUAUACCAAACCAGGGAACAUAUGAAAGUGGCCAAAACCUGUAUAAAGCAUGGUGCAAUUUCUCUGGAUGGUGGGAUUAUGAGAGAGAAUGGUAUUAUUUUGCUUGGAGACUGUGAACCAGAGAUAGUAUUUCCUGUAAUUACUUUCGAAAAUCAAAUGGAACUCUCGAGGAACAUGAUUGAUGUCCUCAAGCAGAUGGAGGAGAAACGGUGUCUUUUAAAAGUAAUUGAUGAAGAAAUGUCAAAGGUAGCAGAAGCCCGUGUAAAUGACUUGGCCAGGUUCAGAAAGAAAAGUAAACAGUUACGUGCAGUUUUGGCAAGGAAAAAUUCCUUGGAAAAUAGCUUCCCCAGUUAAUGUCAAGAAUUUUUCAUGUAUAGAGCCCUUUAUUUUUCUCCUCAAAAAUGUAACGGGUCUCUUUUUUGGCUAUAUAUUUGGUUUUUGUUAAAUAAGCAUGUUAUGGCUGGUCUUUUGUGGGAGUGGCGUCCCAAAUGUGGGAUUUUCUGGCAGGUGUUAACCAUUUUGUGGUUUGGAGUGGGAGAGAAUAGUCUACAUGAAUGUAAGAACUAGAAUAGCUUGUAAAUAAUUUAUCUAGUAUUGCUAUUUUUGCAUACAAGGAUCAUCUGGGCCAUCCAGUUUGGACAAUA